CGGACCAGCAGCAGGCUAGGGUGUGUGUGUGUUAUGUGUGCCGUGGUCUCAGCCCUGGAGGAUCGACAAUAGGGUGAAAAGAUACUAAACCCCGGACUAAACACGGACCAAGGGGGGGAAAUAACCCAACACAAGCGCUGCGCGGAGAAAGGAAACCCGUACAUCCAUGAUAGGAAUGUAAUUGCGUGCAUCUUAAUCCGCGUUUUGUCCACAUUAAUGGGUGUGUGAGGAAGAGGAUUAUCAGGGCAGAAGGCAGAAGGCACUCGUGGGUUCGGCUGCUCCAAGGCCCCGCGUCCCUCCGCUGAUCGAGCCGCGGGUUGGAAGAGGAAAAGGGGCUAAAUAGGGGCUAUCUGCAGCCUGGCUGGACACCCCACGCGCACAAAGGAGAACUCCUUUCACCUCCGUCUCCCGUCGCGAAACACAGAGGAUCAAGGGCUAUGUCCUCUGCAGCAACUACAUCUCCAUCUGUGGACAAAGUGGACGGAUUUUCCCGGAAGUCUGUCAGGAAGGCCAAGCAGAAGCGAUCCCAGAGCUCGUCCCAGUUCCGCUCGCAGGGCAAGCCCAUUGAGCUCACCCCACUGCCCCUGCUCACGGACGUGCCGGCGCCCGAGCAGCCGGAGCUGUUCCUGAAGAAGCUGCAGCAGUGCUGCACGGUGUUUGACUUUAUGGACACGCUGUCCGACCUCAAGAUGAAGGAGUACAAGCGCUCCACGCUCAACGAGCUGGUGGACUACGUCACCGUCAGCCGCGGCUAUCUGACGGAGCAGGCCUACCCCGACGUCGUCAAAAUGGUGUCUUACAACAUAUUCCGGACGCUUCCGCCCAGCGACAGUAACGAAUUUGACCCGGAGGAGGACGAACCCACGCUGGAGGCCUCCUGGCCACACCUACAGUUGGUGUACGAGUUCUUCAUCCGGUUUCUGGAGAGUCAGGAGUUCCAGCCCAGCAUUGCCAAAAAGUACAUCGACCAGAAGUUCGUGCUACAGCUCCUGGAGCUCUUCGACAGCGAGGACCCCAGGGAGAGGGACUACCUGAAGACGGUCCUGCACAGAAUCUACGGGAAGUUCCUCGGCCUGCGAGCUUUUAUACGAAAACAGAUCAACAAUAUUUUUCUACGUUUUGUUUAUGAGACGGAGCAUUUCAACGGAGUGGCUGAACUUCUGGAGAUCUUGGGAAGUAUAAUCAAUGGCUUCGCUCUGCCUCUGAAAGCGGAACAUAAACAGUUUCUGGUCAAAGUGUUGAUCCCCCUGCACACGGUGCGGAGCCUGUCGCUGUUCCACGCACAGCUCGCCUACUGCAUUGUACAGUUCCUAGAGAAGGACCCCGCACUAACAGAACCAGUCAUCAGGGGCUUGCUGAAGUUCUGGCCAAAAACCUGCAGUCAAAAAGAGGUCAUGUUCCUGGGGGAGCUGGAGGAGAUCCUGGACGUCAUCGAGCCAACACAGUUCGUUAAGAUCCAGGAGCCACUCUUCAAACAGAUCUCCAGAUGCGUGUCCAGCCCGCACUUCCAGGUGGCCGAACGGGCGCUCUACUACUGGAACAACGAGUACAUCAUGAGUCUGAUCGAGGAGAACUCCAGCGUCAUCCUGCCCAUCAUGUUCGCCAGCCUGUACAGGAUCUCCAAAGAACACUGGAACCCGGCGAUCGUAGCGCUGGUGUACAACGUUCUGAAGGCUUUCAUGGAGAUGAACAGCACCUUGUUCGACGAACUCACGGCCACCUACAAGUCGGACCGCCAGCGGGAGAAGAAGAAGGAGAAGGAGCGGGAGGACCUGUGGAAGAAGCUCGAGGACUUGGAGCUGAAGCGGGGCCUGAGGAACGACGGGAUCAUCCCCACUUAACGAAGCCUGCGCCUCCCCCCCUCCUCCUCCCUUUAUCUGCCUCCUGACCUCUCAGACCCCCCUACCCCCCUUCAAACCCCUCCCCUCCUCCCUGUUCACAGAUGCCACAGAUGUCUGGCCCCCCCCCCACCACCACCACCACCUCGGAGCCCCGCCCACCCACUGAAAGACCGCCUCCUCGGGAGCGACUUCGAGCUCCCCUAUUGGUUGUCCUUUCUGUUAAUCUAGUCCUUUUCCUUUUUUUUUCGUUUUUUUUUUUUUUUUUAACAAUUAAAUCUUUUUCUCUUCUGUAUCCGUGCGACUUACUUUACGGUAGAUAUACCACACUUGUUUUCAUGAUUUCAUCAGCACUGUAAAUAACUUUGUUUGUUCUUUUUGUUUUUUCCCCUUUAAAACUGAUAUUAUUGCGAAUGAAAAAAAAAACAAUAAUAAUAAUAAAAAGGAAGAAAAAAACGAGAAAAUGAGAAAAUGACUUGAGGUGGGAACUGGGGGGACAGACAUCUGGACCUUUUUAGGGGGUCCCCACAAACUGUUUCUUCACAAACACAGCCCUAAAGGAGAAGAUAGUGUAACGAUCUGUCCAGGACAGCCCUGUUGUUGACUGUUUCUGUCUCCAUCUUCCUCUGCUUUCCUCCUGCUUUCUCUGCCCUCCAUCUUGUCCACCUGUAAAUUCUGCCCCCUCCCCUCCCCGGGACGUACUGACUGUAUGCUACAGCCCCGCCCCCUUUUCAGAGGAAGUGUUUAUGGAAGUAAAGGAACACCCGCCCCCUUCCUUCCUCCACAAGGACCGCCCCCCUGUCCUUCUGUCCCACUCUGGAACCAGUCCCGUCUCGGACUGGGAGGAACCGGUGAAACAGAAAUCCUUCUUCUCUCUUGAAACUAUUUUCCAGUUCUUCUCCUCCUUCCUUCCUCUACGAGACUCUUAACUUCCUGUCUGCACAGGAAGUCGGAGGGGGGGGGGAAAGUUAUUAAAAAACAAAACCGUGGCACCAAAACGUUACCGGGGCGACGAGGCUGCUGGAUUCAGGCGGGAGGGGAUUCUCUAGCGAACGCCAUCGCUAGGGUCGAAAUCGGUUGGUUGGUCACAUGACCUGGCCUGCUUACCUGCUAGUGUAACAUGUGCGUUUUCGGGCUAGCGGUGUCGCUGUAUUGCGGGCCAGAGGACGUAUGUUUUGUGUCCGUUUCGCUCGAUCCACCGCCUCUCCUUCCGUUAGAAUUCCUUCGCCCGGCCGUGCGCGUUGAGCUCUCGUUUCCAAGGAGAUGGAUUCCAGGUUCUCUUUUCCUUUUUUUUUCUCGAGUUCUCCGUUACUUUGUUUGGUUUCUUUUUUUUUAAUUUACUUCUCUGGACAUUUUUUGAUCCUGGGUCACCAACCGUACCAGGUAACGCUGGUAUCAGUCUGGCACUGGUAUCCAACGACCAUAUUUGAAAAACAAUAUCAUACACAGAAAAAAAAGACCUGAUGUUUUGCUCACAAGAGCGUUAAAAAAAACGUUGUGCCCGUUGUGACCCGCGGCGGUCCUGCGUGCCGCCACCGGGGGGCGCUGUGGCUUCAGUGUUACCAACACGAAGGGACGUCAAAAAAAGCAAGCCUGUAUAUUGUUAUUGAAUGCAGUACAACGCUACUCUUGUAUCUCGUAGUAAUUUAGCCUAUAUUUUUGCUUAGGAUUCUGUGGAGAGGAUUAUCCAGUAUAUAAAGAGGUAUUAUGGAGCAAUUCUUCCUGGUAUUUAUGAUAGUGUCCUCCCCUUUUUCAGUUCUUUCUGUCGCUUUAACUCCCACCUUAACCUUCCUCUCGGUUCUUAUCUUUGUUUUGGAAAUUUUGAAGUUUCUUUUCACCAUUGGACUUGAUUAAUUUUAUAGUAGGGGUAGGGCCGGGCUUCUCCUGGGUUGGGUUGGGGCGCUGGGGAUAGCGGGAAGGGGCCAAGGGGCGGAGGACUUUUCCCUGUCCCGAUUUUGACCGUUAACGUUUUUUUCGAGCGUUGUUGAAAACCCUUCCUCACGAAUUAAUGUGUGCUUUAGAAUGGCCCAGAUGUAAUAUGAUUUAAAAAAAAAAAAA